AUGGCGGAAGUUCGGCCUUCACCUAGGCGGAGCGCGUCCUCCCACGCGUUUGAGAGCAAGCUCAGCCAGCAACUAUCGCAGCCUGGUCAUCCCGAUCUCAGUCGCCCAUUGGAGGCUCCGUCGCACUCCCCCAAGUCACGUUCAUUGUCCGAUGCCUCUAGGCCGCCCUCUUUCACCCAGCCCUCCACGGGUGAUUUGAGCCGUCCGCCUAGCAAAGAUGAUACUGCAAUUUCCUCGCUGCCUGCAACACCCAGACGGUCCGGUCUUCAACCUCCAGUCCUUUCCUUAAACCUUCCGUCGAAAUCGACUCCUUCCCCCUCACUCACCACCCGCGCUCCUCUCUCCCCCAAGCUUGAUUCCUCUCACAUCUACAGCUCCCCAGGCUCAGUGCUUCCACGACGGUCUCGUGGCCUAGACUUUUCUCGUGCUUGCACCAAUCUACACCAUUCGAUCCUCGCCGAGUCCUCUCCCGAUUCAUCACCUACCAUUGGGGGCCGGGGUAUGACGAUCCCGCAGCGUCGCGAGUCGCCUGGGUCGACCUCUGUCCCACCUUUCUCGACGUCGGGUCCUGCAGAUCGUGCAACAAUCUCGAGCUCUGUUUCGAGUGUGAACAUGAUGGAAUCAGACACCAGCAGUAGUGAAGAGGACGAUGAGCCCAUGAUGGGUGAUCGCGACGACAUCAUGAUCACUAACACGCCGCAGGCGUCGCGGCUGGCCAGUGGGCCGAGUCCCUUUGCGACGGGCAAUAUUCAAAGUCCCGGCAACGAAUGGAAUGGCGGUUAUUCACAGGCUGCGGCCAGUCUCAUGAGCUUCCAGCGGGCACGGUUCCGCAAAGGACGCAGUCGACACAGCUCCAGCAGCGCGAGCGGCAACAGCUCCAAGCCCAGCCCAGGUCCCCACUCUCCUCCGGUCAUGAAAAGUGUGGAGAACCCGAAUGGAGGGUACUUCGGCCCGCGUCAGACCGCCAAUGGGCGACGUGAGAGUUUGAGCAUGGGCACCCGCGACCUGCGCCUAUCAGACCUGAGCGACGACGGGGAAUAUCGCGCAGCCCGUAGUGGAAGUCCAACUGCUGCGCGUUCGGAAUCUGGUCCCUUGGGAGUAAUCCGUCGUGCAGUUACCCGACGAGGAAGCCUACUGCCGAAAACCAAAACUUUUGCUCGUAUCCGUGCCGCUCUGAUGGAAGAGGGUGCGCCCGUCGACAGCGACAUGAAACGGGAAGCAGAAGUCAUCCGGCAGGUCCGCGACACCGAACCUGAAACAUCUCCUACUCUGAGUACUUUCCCAUCACUUCAGCCAUCGAAUCAUUGCAGUGCGCAAGACCUAGAUGACGGCCCCGCCAAAUCCAGCUCGACGAACUCCAAUACGAGCAGCUUUGGCAAGCAGGCUACUCGCAACUCGGGAGGUGUAGAAUUUUGGAAUUCGUUUGACGAGCGCUAUCGAACCCCGCCGCCCCUGCGCCAGAUGGGUGCCUCUUCUGCUCCUGAUGAUGAUAUAUCGAUGGACAUGACGCCGUCGACGACGAUCGGGUCGAUUGCGCCCGACUCUGCCAAACCACGAUCUCGCUCAUCGACCCCACAUCCCCCAGCGGCCAUCGGGGAACUGCGGCGCAAACGGCGUCGCGAAGAUGACUUUGACCCCAAUCUUUUCAAGCGCCGAGCUGUCUCCCCCAGCGUGAGCGCCCAGAGCAGUCCGGUGUUGGCCAACUCCUCUACUGUGAAUGACACCGGGCCGAAUAUCUGGGGUCCCCCUGCGAAGCCGGGGCUUGGUGCGCCUUUCUCCGAGCGACCCAGCACGGAGAAUGGCAACCGAACCACACCUCAUGGGACUGCAAAACGCGUGGGGUUGCAGGGGAUGACCGAGGCCAGCGACGGGUUUAUGAAUAUGAGCAUCGAUUAA